AUGAUCGCCACGGCAGCAGUUUUACUUCUUCUGCUCAAACUUUCUCUGCAAGCUUCAGUAGCAACAGACUCACUCACAAUUACUCAAAGCGGCUCAGGAAUCACUAGUGAGCCUUGUGGUGAGAAUGAAGUUAUGUUGGAAUGUGGAUCAAGUUGCGAGCCUACCUGCAUGUCUAAGAGUCCACAAUGCGAGGAUGAGUGUUCCGUAGAUGUUUGCGGUUGCAUCGAGGGAUUCAUCCGAAGUGAAAUAGGAGGACCGUGCAUUCUUGCUUCUGCUUGUCCAUCAGAAGCAACACUGCCUCAAGGAGCCUCCUGUGAUGCAGUGGUAUGUCAAGGAGAAACGCACUGCGAGAUCGUAGACUUACCUUGCGUAGACGACCAUUGCCUUCAAGAAGCGGUCUGCGUUGACGACUAA